UGUAUGUCCGAAACUGACCGAAAUAGGCAGCGAACAGAUUGUGGUAGGAACAGCAAUAUUUUUCCUCCUGAAAAUGUACGAUCGAGCCCCAAGGUCACUUACGAAACCAACAGACAGUACAGGUCAGAAUGUUGGGCCAGGAUCGUAUGAAGCCGCGGAACAUGGACGCACAAAACACGAUGGAUACGCACCAUUCUUAUCCAUGACGGCACGUGAAACAUUUCUUGAUGUUGGUGACAAUGUCAUGGCUGCACCAGGACCUGGCCAGUAUGAUCCUGGUAUAAUGGGAGAGAGAGUGAGGGGAGGACACACGCUGGCCAACAGAGCUUCUAGAUUCAGUGAUAAACAAUCUCAUACCCCUGGGCCAGGAGCUUAUAACUUACAAAAAAGAAGUGAUUGGUUGAGAGAGAAUCAGCCUCAAAAGGCACUACCUCCUGAUAUACAAGUUCAAGAAGGAAUGAAAGAUGGAUCUCUAUACAAGACAAGUCGCAUAACAUUUCAGAGGAAGGCUGACCCACCCUCCAUUCCAUCACCUGGCAAAGCAUAUGGAUAUGAAGAAGGAGCAGAUGGAACUCUACGGCCACAGGAUGUGCCGACUCGUGACAGCACCAUGGGACCUGCUUAUUAUAGUGUUAAUCACAGGGAAACUGCCACUGUUCAAAGAUACAGGGGAGUUCAUUUUGGGAACAGAACAUCAAAGAGAAUGCAAUUUAAAGGAACUGGAGGACCAGGCCCUGGACAGUAUGAUCCAUUUAAGGACCCUGGAAUUAGAGCACCAAUUGAUUUGGUGAUAGAGGAAAGCAGAAAGCAACCUUUUGAAUCAAAGUUACCCCGAUAUCAUGAAUCUAUAGUGGUUGUGGAAGAAAAGAAGGCUGUUCCAGGUCCAGGGAAAUAUGAAAUUAGAAGCCAGUUCUCAGCUAAACCACCACCUGUCAAUCAGGAUGAACCAAUCAUUCAUCCUCCAUUUGGCACUCAGUCCAGGCGCUUUGGAGACAGUAAGAAAGACACACCUGCUCCUGGCACAUACAAUGAUCCACGCAAUUCCCUAGAAAUACUUAAAAGGACUACAGGACUGAAGCGAAGUCCUUUUGGUCAAACAUCCGUGCGAUUUCAUGGGGAACAUCAUGUGAAAAGGACCCCUGGACCAGGAUCAUACAGCAUUCCAGACAUGACAUCAGAGUUGAUAAGAAAGGCCCAUGUUGAGAGUUCCAGGAAAGGUGCAUUUGGCUCAACAGCUGCACGAAUAGCACCGAUGAUGAGAAGGAAGGAGGAACAGAUGCCAGGUCCUGCCCAUUACCUAACCAAAGACAAAGCUAAAAGUAAAGACGAUCCACCCUCAUCCACCUUCGUAUCUGCCACUGGUAGACUUCACACCCCUCCAGGGGUGGUGUUAGAUAACCCACCACCAGGGUCCUAUGAAGUCGGGAUUUCCUACGACUCAACACAAGGUCGUGUUCUAUACAGUAACGCCCAGAGAACGAACAAGAACACUAAGAAAAAGGGAGGGUUUUUAUCCUCGUCUAAUCGCUUCCAUGGACAGCGUCAAGUCAUGUCGGAAGAAGGAGAUCCUGGGCCGGGCCAAUACGAAUUAAAAGACGACUCGGCCCGAGGAGGUCUAAUGACGACCAGGGAACAAAGAUUUAAAUCAUCAAGAAAUGAAAAUCCAGGCCCAGGGAGCUAUGAGCUGAGUCCAUUACAGAUGCAUUCUAUGCUCAGGGGAACAUUCAAUGCCACCUUAAACAAUCCUGUAGCGAUGUCCUACGACGAUGGCUUAGAACGGAGAUCACCUUCCAAGCAAGCUUUCUUACUGGGUGUCUGAGGAGGAAUUUAUCUCUUUUUUUUUUCUGUUCCAGUGAGUUUGAUGUUGCUUGGGAAUCAUCUUGUAUUCACAGAAAAUAAGAUAUUUUUCAGAGACCAUCGGUAAGGGAAGUGCUCAUGUGAAGUCGUGAAGGUUUGAAGCUGAGCGUGUAUACUAUGUUGUAAAUAUCAUUUAAGAGAAUUAGUGGCGUUAGUGAGU